UGAUUUUAACUACCAUGUUGUGUUCUCAGGGAGUGAUAGUGAUUUUACCUACCAUGUUGUGUUCCAGGGAGUGAUAGUGAUUUUAACUACCAUGUUGUGUUCCAGGGAUUGCGUGGCACUCUGCAUUCUCAACAGUGCCACCAGCAUCUUUGCUGGAUUCGCCGUCUUCUCCGUACUGGGAUCAUCGGCUCCACUCACUCGACCUGGACAUGAAUGAAGUCGUUAAAGGAGGACCUGGUCUGGCUUUCAUCGCCUAUCCCAAAGCCGUGUCCCUGCUCCCAGGGGCCCAGUUCUGGGCCGUCCUCUUCUUUCUUAUGGUUAUCUUACUGGGCCUGGACAGCCAGGUUGUGUGUGUAGAGAGCUUGGCCACAUCCAUCACUGACAUGUUCCCUGGUGUACUGCGGAGGCCUGGCCGGAGAGAGAUCUUAGUACUAGUCAUCGCUGUAGUCUGCUUCCUACUGGGUCUGCCUCUCAUCACGGAGAAUGGGAUAGUCCUCUUUCAGUUGAUUGACUCGUACGGCCCCAGUGGGACCAGUCUGCUGUUCAUUGCAUGUUUUGAGUGCCAUCGCCGUCGCCUGGGUCUACGGUGCGAACCGUUUCUCUUGACAACAUUGAAGACAUGAUAGGCUACCAUCUCUUCCCUUCUGUGCUGAAGUACUGCUGGCUGUUUGUGACACCACUCAUCUGUGGGGUGAGUAAG